UCUUUCCCCUCCCGUUGCCAUGGUUACUGCCCUCAGAUUCUCGGUUGCCAUGGUGACCGUCAGAUAUGAUGAUUGAAGGCUUUCAUCUUUCUGCUUCUUUACUGUAACUGAUUGAUGCGGUCGAUCAGCUGAUCAGCAUCUCUGAUCGAUAACCCGUUGGUGACGUCAUUCUGCUUCCUUUUUCUGGGGGAAGUCGGGGAGAGAAUCUGCUGAUCAGCCAAUCUGAGCCCCUCCGUCCUCCGUCUGUCUGCGGGCUGCUCUUCUCUCUCCGCCUGCAGCAGCGAUGCUGUGACCGGCCUCGGAGCUCCGUCUGCGGGCUGCCAGUAGAUCAGUGGGUCGGUGCGGCUCCAUUCUCUCCGUCAUGGUGCAGAAAUCCCGGAACGGCGGGGUGUUCCCCGGAGCGCAGGCCGACCAGAAGAAGCUGAAGGUCGGCUUCGUGGGUCUGGAGGCCGGAGGGACGGAGUCCAGUCGGGACGGCGCUCUGCUGAUCGCAGGUGGGGAUGAAGGUCCUCGGCGGCAGCGCAGCAGCGUCUCUGGAGGAAAGAAACCUCCCAAACGAAACGCUCUCUACAGACGCCUGCAGAACUUCCUGUACAAUGUUCUGGAGAGACCUCGGGGAUGGGCCUUCAUCUACCACGCCUACGUGUUCCUGCUGGUGUUCUCCUGCCUGGUUCUGUCAGUGUUCUCCACCAUCAGAGAGUAUGAGAAGAGCUCUGAGGACGCCCUCUACAUCCUGGAGGUGGUGACCAUCGUGGUGUUCGGGGUGGAGUACAUGGUGAGGAUCUGGGCUGCCGGAUGCUGCUGCAGAUAUAGAGGAUGGAGAGGAAGACUCAAGUUUGCCAGGAAACCUUUCUGUGUCAUCGACAUCAUGGUUCUGAUAGCGUCCAUCUCGGUUCUGGCAGCGGGGACUCAGGGGAACGUCUUCGCCACGUCGGCCAUCAGGUCUCUUCGGUUCCUUCAGAUUCUGAGGAUGAUCCGGAUGGACCGACGGGGAGGAACUUGGAAGUUGCUGGGCUCGGUGGUCUACGCCCACAGCAAGGAGCUGAUCACCGCCUGGUACAUCGGCUUCCUUUGCCUCAUUCUGGCCAGUUUCCUUGUUUAUUUGGCUGAAAAGGAAGACAACGAACAGUUUGAGACGUACGCUGACGCCCUCUGGUGGGGACUGAUCACCCUGACGACCAUCGGUUACGGAGACAAGUUCCCCAUCACUUGGAAUGGACGCCUGCUGGCAGCAACUUUCACUCUGAUCGGAGUUUCAUUCUUUGCUCUGCCGGCUGGUAUCUUGGGUUCUGGUUUUGCUCUGAAGGUUCAGGAGCAGCACCGACAGAAACACUUUGAGAAGAGAAGGAAUCCAGCAGCGGGACUCAUACAGGCAGCCUGGAGAGUUUACGCCACCAACCUGACGCGGACCGACCUGACCUCCACCUGGGACUACUACGAGAGGACGGUGUCGGUCCCCAUGUACAGGCUGAUUCCUCCUCUCAAUCAGCUGGACCUCCUGAGGAACCUCAAGAACAAAUCAGGACUCUCUUUCAGGAAGGACGUCCAGCCGGAACCGUCUCCAGGGCAGAAGGUCAGUCUGAAGGAGAGGGUCUUCUCAUCUCCUCGCAGUUCAGGAACCAAAGGCAAAGGUUCUCCUCAGCACGCGGUUCCUACAGUUGGACCCGGUGUUGCUCCUGGAGUCAGUCCUGGUCCAGGUGUCGGUCCGGGGGUCCCAGGAGGUCCGGCAGGGGUCCAGGCCCUGCGUCGGUCCCCCAGCAUGGAGCCCAGUCUGGAGGAGAGUCCGAGCAAGGUUCCGAAGAGCUGGAGCUUCGGAGAACGCAGCAGAACCAGACAGGCCUUUAGGAUCCGAGGAGCCGCUUCCCGACAGAACUCUGAAGAGGCCAGCCUGCCAGGGGAAGACAUGGCCGACGACAACAAGAGCUGCCACUGCGAGUUUGUCCCUCAGGACCUGACACCGGGGUUAAAGGUCACCAUCAGAGCCAUCUGCAUCAUGCGUUUCAUGGUCUCUAAGAGGAAGUUUAAGGAGAGUCUCCGUCCCUACGACGUCAUGGAUGUGAUAGAACAGUAUUCAGCCGGACACCUGGACAUGCUCGCUCGCAUCAAGAACCUCCAGUCCAGAGUGGAUCAGAUAGUCGGCAGAGGAACACCAAUCACAGACAAGGACCGUCCUAAAACAGCCAAUGAGGAGCUACCUGAGGACCCGAGCAUGAUGGGACGGCUGGGGAAGGUGGAGAAGCAGGUUCUGUCCAUGGAGAGGAAGCUGGACUUCCUGGUCAACAUCUACAUCCAGCGAAUGGGAAUUCCUCAGGCUGAGACUGACGCCUACUUUGGAUCCAAAGAACCUGACCCGGCACCACCGUACCACAGUCCAGUGGACCAGCUGGAGAAGAGCCAGUCCAUCUCCAAGAUCAUGCAGGUGCUACCCGGUGACCAUGCAGAGAAGACCCGGUUCAUGACGAAAAUGGUCCGCUCCAGUAGUUCCACCGGACACAGGAACUACAGUGCCCCCUCCUGCCCGCCCUCCACCUCCUGGCAGCCAAUCAGCUCCCAGCUCCACCAGCAGGCCCCGCCCCCUCCCCAGCGUAGCCACGGUAACACUCCGAGUCCGGUGGGGGACGGCUCUCUGGUCCGACUGCCCCCUCCUCCAGCCGGAGAGCGACACGGCGGGAACCGAUCGAACCGACACAGCACCGGAGAACGAGGGGGGGAAGAGGUGAAGCCCGACAGCGACGCCUCCAUCUCCAUCCCAUCGGUGGACCACGAGGAGCUGGAACGUUCCUUCAGCGGGUUCUCCAUCUCCCAGUCCAGAGAGAACCUGGACUUCCUCAACAAUGGGUUCUACGCCGCCAGCAGCCGUGGUGGUGGCGGCACCACCCGCUGCGCCACCGUGCGACCGUACAUCGCAGAGGGGGAGUCAGACUCUGACUCUGAGCUCUGCGCACCUUCACCACACUCGGACCAGGCCUGGACCGGAACCAAGUAGAGCCAAAGGCCCAGAACUCAACCAGCAGAACAAUAAAGAACACGUGAAAACUGAAGCCUGUCUCAGACUCUAAACACCAGCUGGAGGGGUGGAGUGAAGCAUCAUGGGAACCGACGGCACUCAGCAGCCGCCGUGUGAUUGGUUUGAAUGUUUGAAUCUGUACAGCUAAUGUUUGUCCUCCCGUCACCGAUUGGUUCACUGCUGGGACAUGGUCUCCCCGAUUGGCUGCUUGUUUCCAUGUAGAUGCACUAUAACCAUUGUUGUCCCUGUUCCAUUUAUUUAUUGGGUCUGAAGGAAGUUCAUGCAUGUAUGACACGCACAUUGCCAUGUCAACAGACGGUGCUGCUGUCACAAGCACAGACUCACCUGUGAGGUCGUCUUCUGUCAGCAGCUUCGUUUUUCUUCUCAAACAAACAAGCAUCCCAUAAUGUUCAAGUACAGGACAUAGUUACACAGCAGGAAACAGGGCUCUGAAAUGUCAGCAGAAUGAUUCCAGCUGUAUCACCAGUAAUCAGAUUACUUCUACAGCUCUGAUGUCACAUUUAAACCUUUAGAUUCCAGAACUUAAACAGUCCAGCUUUCAUUUCUGCAGUCAUCAUACCGCCACCUCCAUGCUUCACCGUCAGGACCAUCCAUCCACUGUGGUAGUCCUGGUCAGGUUCUCACCAAACAUCUGGACUCCAUCUGAGCCCAACUCAUUGAUCUUCAUCUGACCAAAGAAUGUUCUCCAGCAUCCAUCAGGCUUCUUCUCAUGUUUUUCAUCUGGAAGUUUAGCUCUGAGCAGCAGCCAGGUUUAGUUCUGGUCCUCUGUCCAUAGAGGUUGAUGUUCUGAAGGUUCCUUCACACUGUCUGAGCUUCACACUAACUCUGGUUUCCAUGGAGAACCCCUGAACCAAGUCUGAAGCAGCUGAUGUCUGUUUUUACAGCUGGAUGGAGAAAGUAGUUCACUGUCUGUGGAGUCAUUUUAGGAGCUCUGAUUAGUGGAACUAUGACUCCUUCUAGACCUCCUGAUUAGUGGUACUAGACCUCUGAUAAUGCAGGAACUAUGACUCCUCAGAUGUUUCUCUUCCUCUUUUCAGUUCUUCUCCAUGUGGAGCCAUGAUGCAGACAUAGAUAGAUCCAGUCCAUAGGUCCAGGACUGAGAAGGUUCUGCUGUUCUCAGCUCCUAUUAGAACCAUGUUCAUCAGUUAGACUGACUGGAAUCACAGCUGGACUCUCUUUGGUUCUCUGAGGUUCUACUUUGGGCAUGGGUUUUAAUCUAGCCUUUAUAAAGUGUUUUUGUUCUUCAUUGGAGGAGAUCUUCUGCUGUUCUACUGAGGAUUAAACAACACAGUUACUGAAGGGGAUACAGUUUAGAAUCAGUUGACGUUUCAGGGUUAUUUCUCAGGUCUGUCCUCUGUUCUGGUUUCUAUCUGAGCAGCAAACAGCAAAAACUGAAAUGUAGAUUUGACCAAAGUAAAACGGGAAUAAACAGAAAACAGCUAAAUGUGUAAAGAGCUGGUAGAGAAAAUCCUCCAUGAGAAGGUUGUUGAAAAACAUCGAUCAGCUGCAACAUUCAAACCACCACACUGAUCAUCUCAUCAAAACGUUCUGCUGGAGAACCUUCAUGUGGAUGGUUCUCCUCCAGCAGAACAUCAGGCCCAGGGGUUGAUGUUACAGGAUAACAUCAACACUGUCUGCAGGUUAGCACUCAGGCUAAUUCUAACACAGGCUAACAUCAACACUGACUGACCUCUAGCAUCCCCCCCAAAUCUGAUUGAGUAUCAACCGGAACCAGUCCGACCCAAGGAGGUUCCACCCCACAACCCUCAGAACCCAAAGGAUCCACUGGUUCCAGACACCACAGAACCCCUCUAGAGAUUCUGUGUCCAAACUCUGAUGGGUGGGAGCUGCGGUAGUGGCACCAGGAGAACCUUCCAGAAGAACCACUUCAGCCUGGGUUCUGUGAAUGUCCCUGCAUCUGUGGGGUUGUUGAAUGUUGCUGCCGAUCGGUGCAUAUUAUGGGAUGGAGAAUGUGAAGGUCGGUUUAAUUCUUCACGUUCUCAGCUCGUUUCUGGAACCUGAAGAUGAACAGACCUGUUGCAUAGUUACCGUUGCUAAGGUGUGAUUGGACAGCGCUGACAAAUCAGAAGCCGAUAACCGUGAGCAUGUUUCCGUCCCACUGAGGAGUCGUUCGUAUGUAAAUAAGAUGUUCUCACCACGGUAGAACCGAGCCACAGGAACGCUGGGCGGUAGAACUGAAGGGUUGGCAUGUUGUGUGUCCAGCAGGGGGCGCCAGCAGCACCAACCAGAACACUCAGAGUCCCUUUUACUUCCACAGUUCUGAUGAGAUCAAAAUAACGGCUUAUUAUUCUUCUUACUUUCAGCCCAGCUGCCCUCAUAAAGUCUGAUUGGUCACCUGAUGAGUUCGCUCUCUCUUGAUUGGCUCCUGAAAGUGACCUGUCGUCCGGCUGUCAUUGGUUUGAAUGUAGAAACUUUAUUUGCUGUUUAUGUGGACUGUUCUUUGUCCUCGUUGUUUCUUUCUGUCCAGACAAAGAAAAGACAGAAACUCUUUGUUUUGUAAUGCGUGUUUUUUCAGGAACUAAUUUUCGAUAAAUUUUCAGACUUUGGUCCUCAUUAGAAGCCGUUCCUCUUUACUGUUUGUUAAUAUUCGGCUGAAUAUCAGGCCGCUUGUUGUGUUUUGGACAGAAAUGCGUCCAGGUGAACCUCUUCUUCCUGUUGACUGUAUUUCAACAUGAAAUAAAAUCUCCUUAACCAGUUAAA